AUGUCGAACGAUACGCCAUCUGCAGAAGACAAGGCCAGAUACGACGCUGCGCGGAAGGAGCUCAACCUCGCCUUGGCGAAGAAGAGAACGCUGGACAAACAGCUCUCUCAACUCGAGGUGCAGAUAUAUAAUCUAGAGACAUCCUAUCUCACAGAGACUGCUGCCCAUAGUGGAGGGAACAUCAUCCAUGGCUUCGAUGGCUAUCUCAAGAACCAGCCUAGCGGAAGGAGGAAGUACGAGAUCAGCGAGCAGGACCGCAUAUUCUCCGUGAGCAGCCUGACAUACAAGAAGGCGUUGGAGUUAUCCGGGGAAGGAGAGGAGUCGACUGCGACAGGGGAGGACCAGUCAAGAAUGUCAACGCCUGGCCUUACCACUAUCAGCGUACCUCCUGCACCUCGAACAGAGGUGCUCUCGGCUGCCCAGCAAAAGAAGAAUCGCGAUAGGGAGUAUCAGCGGAAGAAACGGGCGGCGCAGCGGAGAAGUACCACGACCCCCGCCAGCGACGACGAGAGCGUGUCCGGUCGAAAGCCCAGCAAAAGGGCACGUCUGGCUGACGACGAUUAG